AUGUCGAGGUCUUCAGGUGGCAAGCUGCCCAGACCCACCACGCGUGUGCCUGGCAGCAACAGAGCUUUUACGGCCCUGAAAAAUCAUGCUAGAAUGACUAGCGUUCGGCCCCCGCUCACGUUUCUCUUCGUCGUCAACGAGAUAUCAACUGCACAUUCCCUAGUUGAUAUGUGGGGAGGUUCCCGACCCCCCGAGACCCCUGGGGCUUAUCAUAUGGAGAGGCCCAGUGAGGUCAUGAAGUAUGAGGAUGGAAUCGUCACGUCUUGCCCUGACUACUUUUACUGGUGUCGGAACCCCAACCAGGACAACCGAGGGGCGAUCUUCGCGCGGCAUGCCAAUGGUAAUGUCACUGAGACGGAGGCUUACAAGACAGCCACCAUAUUCUCCUGUCACCCACACAUGCCGUUUGCCAUGGUCGACGUUGACGCCUCAGUGGAGGAAACCUAUAGCAGAGAGAAUAUGCCUUUGGAUCAGCUCUGGCGAUACCCAGUCUGGGAACCGCUGCAGUUCCUCCACCCCAAGGACCAUGACCGAAAAGGUAUAUCGCAAGCUGUGUUCGGCACCAGCCCAAUUGCGACACACCACAACGGCCCACUGCAAUAUGUCGCAGGGACGAAUGCCAGCUGUAUUCCUCGCCUUGUCCCGUGGACGUGCCGAUAUCCAUACCCUCACGUCCAGCCAUCCAAAGGCCUCGGCGGCGAACUGACAAUCUUGAUUGGUCUCAUGGCCUUUUGCCCUAGCCGGGACGCUGUGGGAACCAGAGCGGAGCUGUUCAUUCCCCGAUACUGGAGGAAUAACAAAUGGGAAUGCGAAGCCCCCCCGCAGGGUUAUUCAUGCUCCACCAAAGACACCCCGAAAGGCUUCAUUGUGUCUAUCGCUCUGGAUCCCUGGAACCCAUCGGGUUCCACCCGGGAGGCUUUACAAGCAUUCGAGUUCGAAGGGGUGGUCAUUGAAGAGUCUGCCCCCAGCAAUUUCAGCCCAUUUUUUUGA